CGGUUGUUGAUGAGGAGCCUGUGUUUCAGUACAAGCCUUUGCACUGGAAAGGCAGUAUUAUGGCCCCUGCGUUGGCCCCUGUGUUGCAGUUCCCGCUGGGGGGCCUCCCGUUUCUCCGGGUUGCCCUCCUGCACAGGCUGUCCCGGGACCCUGCGUGUUUGUGGCCGGAGCGCCAGACGAUGCAGGAGGCCGAGCGCUGGUUCGAUCGUGUUUUGGCGCAGUGUGGCCUGGAGGGCCUUCGUUCCAUCCACACCCUUUAUAGUUUGCGGCGGGGUGGUGCCUCGGCCGCCCGUGCGGCAGGAGUGCCACUGGAUAUCAUCGAAGCAUUUGGUGGCUGGGCCGCAGGCUCGUCGGCGUUGUGGGAGCACUACCUCGAUUUGGGGGUCCGUGGCUGCCCUCGUGCGGUCGCCUUCUUUGGCCCUCUCGCGGCCCGGCGUGUCGCGUGUACUUUAACCGCUGAGAGGGGUUGUCUUUCCUUUGGCAAUAGACUCGUAGCAGGAGCUAAUGCGGGCUAUGCGAAGCUUGAGCCGGAUUAGCUAAGGCGUAGGGCCUUACGGCCAUUAAGUGAUAUGACUUGACGCCGGCGAUCCGUGUCCUCAGGAUCGCCUUUUGCAUAAAUAGCGCGUGAUGCAGGUUUUCUGUAUCUUGUUUUUGUUG